AUGACGGAACAGGCAGAACCUCAAGAUCUAUGGCUGUUUGGCUAUGGCAGUCUGAUAUGGAAACCACCGCCACACUACGACCUACGUCUCCCAGGCUACAUCGAAGGCUACGUGCGACGUUUCUGGCAGAAUAGUGAAGACCAUCGCGGUACCCCAGAAGCCCCAGGCCGCGUUGUCACACUCAUCGACCGCCAGCUCUGGUCAACAUUAACAGACGAACAUCCUUCUGCUCCACCUCGAGUCUGGGGCGCAGCAUACCGGAUCCCAGCAGCCAAAGUCCCUGAAGUGACCGAGUACAUGAACAUACGGGAGAUCAACGGCUACAGCAUGCAAUAUACCCCGUUCCAACGACCAGAGGAUAUGUCUGCUACUUAUCAGGAUGUCCAUGUGCCCACCAGCACUACGACCGUCGACGGGAAAGGGGCGAUCAAGUGUUUGGUGUAUAUCGGACUACCCGAUAAUCCACAGUUUCUAGGUCCUCAGGACCCGCAGGCGUUGGCGGAACAUAUCGUCAAGUCCAGGGGACCGAGUGGAGAGAACAAGGACUAUCUGUAUGAACUGGAAGCUGCCUUGAACAACCUCAGCCCGGAGAGCGAGGAUGAGCAUAUUAGUGAUCUUGCAAAGAGGUGUCGGGCGGUUGAGGCGAGGGAGCAGGCUAGCUAGGUCGAUCUGAAAGGGGACCGUUCGGGUGUAC